AUGAGUAAUGAUGACCUACGCUACACCACGGAAAGACUUUCGAUAUUGCUCAAUAGGCAGGUGACCAAAGCAUUGGCAAAGACAGUUAGAUCCCAUGCGCUAUCAAAGAGUUUGGAGGAGUUUACAAAGAUCCUUAGUGUCAUUGGAUUGAAGGAUGAAGGUCAAGCAGCGGAGUUGUUCAACCACGUCAAGUCUCAAAAGGCUACCACAAGAGAGCACCCCCUUCCGAAACGAAGUGUUCCUGCGUUGCCAAAAAAGCGGGCCAAAGGAGUGUCUCUAGCCUACGACGAUUUGGACGAGGAGGAAGAUGAAGAGGAGAAAAAGGAGGAGGAGGAGGAGGAGAAGGAGGAGGAGGAGAAGGAGGAGGAGGAGAAGGAGGAGGAUGUUGUAGUAGAUCUGGAGGGUGUGCGAAACUCACACGAACCAGAGUCUACAAAGCAAAGACAAAAUACGGAACGACCGAAGUUCAAAAAGAUGAAAAGAGAGGAUGCUGCUAGAUUGAAACAAAUUCAGCCAGAUGAUAGCAAGACAUUAGAAGAUGAAAAAAUCCGGUCGGUCCACGUGACAAGUACCACAAGCAGUAACAAAAGGGAAUACACAAACAACGUCAUCAAGAAACGACGAGAUAAUGUUGAUGAUGAUGAUAAUAAUGACGAUGUUGGUCCAAAAAAAAUAACCACCACCAGGUCCUUUAAAAAGGAGUCAAAGCAACCUACAAAAGCAGACACAGAUGCGGAUGCGGAUGCAGAUUCAACAGCAAAAGCAGGAGGCUACUUUGAUGCCAACGGUCGGUACGUAGACCACGACCACACCUCGUACAAUGAUUUCAACCGAAUACCCAUCGAAAGCCACGUUUUUAUUCCACCAUUUCUCGAAAAGCUGAAGGAGUACUUGACUCUCCAAAUUUCCGGUACAAGCGUAAAGGGAGCUGGACCGACGAUUAAUCCCGUCAAAGACCCCAACUCGGAGUUGGCUUCGAUGGCAAAGCAAGGGUCAUUAGCAGUGCAGACUAAAAAGUCUAAACAAGAGCGAGCAAACCAAGCGAGAGACAACGUUGGUAGUAAUGCAGAAUUAAAAGAGGAGGAAAAGGAGGAGGAGGAAGAAGAAAUAAGUAACGAUGCCGUCGUUGAAGAUGAUGAGGAGACAGUUGAUAAUCAAAAGGCGACGAUAAUAAAAGAGCAAAGACAAAGUUUACCAGCUUAUGCCGCCAAAGAUGACGUGGUUGAUUUUAUUCGGGAUAACCAGGUCACCAUCAUCAUUGGAGAGACUGGGUCCGGUAAGACUACUCAAUUGGCACAGUACCUUCUCGAUGCGGGCCUUGCACACAUUGCAAAACUGUCUGGUUCGGUGGAAAAGAAAAUGAUUGGAUGUACUCAACCAAGACGAGUCGCUGCCAUGUCGGUGGCGAAAAGAGUUUGUGAAGAACGACAAGUCAAGCUUGGGGAAGAAGUGGGGUACUCGGUGCGGUUUGAUGACAAAACGAGCUCGACAAAGACUUUAAUCAAGUACAUGACGGAGGGUAUAUUGCUUCGAGAAAUCCUCGCUGACCCUUUGUUGAAUGAUUACAGCUGCAUCAUCAUGGACGAGGCGCACGAACGGUCUCUCAACACUGACAUAUUGCUCGGCUUGUUCAAGGGCUUGUUAUGCAAGCGACGAGACUUGAAGCUAGUUGUUACAUCGGCAACGAUGAACGCCGACAGAUUCACAAAGUUUUUUGGCGCAGCACCGCAAUUCAAGAUACCGGGGAGAACAUUCCCCGUGCAAAUAUACUUUAACAAAAACGUGAGCAUGGACUAUGUGGAAACGAGCGUGAAGCAAAUCUUGUCUAUACAUUUGGGCAAUCUGAUGGGCAACGAGGGUUGCUUCGUAAAUGACGGCGACAUUCUUGUGUUUAUGACGGGUCAGGAAGACAUUGAAAUCACUUGCGACUUGUUGCGGGAAAAGUUGGACAUGUUGGAGAACCCACCUCCGUUGGAUAUCUUGCCCAUUUACUCGACCAUGCCGCAGCACUUGCAGAAAAAGAUCUUUAGGAAAAAAAGCGCCACCAGGAGAAAAGUUGUGAUUGCCACCAAUAUCGCGGAAACAUCGUUGACGGUGGAUGGGGUCAAAUACGUUAUUGACUGCGGAUUAGUCAAAGUCAAAGUUUACAACCCCAAACUUGGAAUGGACACACUUCAAGUUGUCCCCAUAUCCGUAGCCAAUGCCGACCAGAGAAGCGGAAGAGCAGGAAGAACCUGCGCUGGAACAGCCUAUAGGCUAUACACCGAGAAUGCCACCAGUGCAAAGAGCAUGUACCUGCAACCGAUUCCCGAGAUUCAGCGAACCAAUUUGAGCAACACGAUGCUUUUGCUCAAGUCGCUCAAGGUUGACGACAUUAAUACAUUUCCCUUUUUGGAUACGCCUCCCAAGGAUUUAUUGAACUGCUCGCUAUACGAUCUAUGGGCGAUGGACGCAUUGGACAAUUUUGGCGAACUUACCCAGCUUGGACGCGACAUGAUCAAGUUCCCUCUUGAGCCCACCUUGUCCAAGUUGAUCUUGUUGUCUACCCAGCACCAUUUCCAUUGCUCGGAGGAUAUCGUAACCAUCGUCGCCAUGCUAAGCGUCGCCAACAUUUUCCAGCGCUCAAAAGAGAGGGCAAACGAAGCGGACAAGUCGAGGGAAAAGUUUACAGUGGCAGACUCAGAUCACCUAACGUUGUUGAAUGUAUAUACGCAAUGGGAGCUCAACUUGAAGAAAAUUGGAAACAACUGGAGCAAGAUGAACCAGUGGUGCGAAAAGAAUUUCUUGCAGCUCAAGUCCUUGCAUCGCGCGAGGGAGAUCAAAAGACAGCUCGUGCUCAUUAUGCAGAAGAAUAAGUUACCGUUGGUCAAGUCGUUUAGCGACAAUAGUGUACGCGAGUGCCUAUGUGCCGCCUUUUUCCAGCAGCUGGCGAAACUCGUAAAGACGAAUCUCAACGGGAACCCCGAGUUUGCAAAUUUGAGGCAUUCGUACAUGAAGAUGUAUUUGCAUCCAACGAGUACUUUAUUGGAUAGUAACAUGAGGCUGAACUUUGUCAUUUACCACGAGUUGAUAUUGACGUCGAAGGAGUACAUGAACUAUGUCACUUGCGUUGAACCCAUCUGGUUGUUACGCUAUGGGUACAAGUUCUUUGGUGUUGCCGCAUCGGCCAUGGAAAGCAAAUUCAAGGACAUGGCCGAUUUGGAGUUGCAAAACCGGUUCAAGCAGCAGUUGGAGAAGGAUAAAAUUGAGUACGAUGAAGAGCAAUCACGAAAGGCUUCUAGAAGAAUUGGCCCUCGUCCGCUGUCGGAGCAUAAAAAGGGCAUACUCUUCAAGAAACGAUUCUGA